AUGCGCGAGUACCACAGCAGCUCCGACGAGGCAGAGGACGAUGAACCUGCCGAUUUCCAAGCUGUCAAUCUUGCGGAUUCAGAUGAAGAGGCGCCUGUGACGAACAAGAAGGCGAAGAUUUCCGCGAAAAAGCAGUCUACGGAAAAGCCAACAAAAUCGAUCGGCAAUGCGAAGAAAACCGAAGACGACAGCGACGCUGAAUCCGUCCCCAGCGACGACGAUGCCUCCGACUCUGAAGGAUCGUCCGCCGCCGAUAGCGAUGCCGACUCUGACACAUCCAUGCCCACCUCAGCCGCCGGAGGCCGUCCGGUGCCCAAGCGACAUGAUCCCACUGCAUUCUCGAAUUCGAUCUCCAAGAUUCUAUCUACCAAACUCCCGACAUCCGCCCGGGCGGAUCCCGUCCUCUCUCGCAGUAAGAUUGUCGCGCAGAAGACCUCUGAAGCUGCGGAAGAGAAGCUCGACCAGCGGGCUCGCGCGAAGCUGCGCGCCGAGAAGAAGGAAGAGCUGGACCGGGGCCGCGUGCGCGAUGUCAUGGGCUUUGAACGCGGCCAAGCGGGUGCGGUUCUUGAGGAAGAAAAACGUCUCCGGAAGAUCGCCCAGCGUGGUGUGGUGAAAUUGUUCAACGCUGUGCGGGCUGCCCAAGUGCGUGGAGAGGAGGCCGCUAAGGAGGAGAGGAAGAAAGGAACGAUUGGUAUCGGCGAGCGAGAGAAGGCUGUCAACGAAGUGAGCAAGCAGGGAUUCCUGGAGUUGAUCAGCGGGAAGAAGGGGAAGCCAUUGAACAUCGAGGAAGCUUAA